UAUUAUUAUAAUUUAAAGUGGCCCGCGAGGAACCAGCAGGGCGGUUCGUUGUCCUCCCCCUCGGCGACGUGGUUCUUCCCGCCCCCGAGCGCAGUGGUGCGGCCGAGCCCGGUCACGUGCCCUUCCUUUCCGCUGCGUGUGCUCGUGGGGGUGACCAUCAUGGCAGCCUUGCUGCGUUCGGCCCGCUGGUUCCGCGUCGCCUGCCCCCUUGUCCGGCCCGUGCCGCGUCUCCCCGCGAGCAGGCAUCUGAUCUACCAAGCAAGGUUCUUCACAGUUGCACAUCAGCAUGAGGGGAAGGUUCAACAAGGAAUAACUUCAGAUGUGUUCCAAAAAGAUCAUUUUAGGUUUCCCUUUAAAGUGCUGGAUAAGGCUGUCAGUCGUACUGGCCAAGUCAGAAGAGGACUUCUACUAUGGAUCUUCCAUAGCACACGUAGAAAAGGAUUGGCAAGUAGGGACGAAGUCUUGCUUCUGCUGCAAAGCUGUGGCUCUUUGUUGUCCGAGUUGCAGUUGCCUGAAAGAACAGAACUAGCCAAUAACAUGUGGAACAGACUACGAGGACUGGGUACCAAGUAUGAUGUAGAUCAUUAUAAUGCUCUGCUGAAAGUCUAUCUUCAGAACAAACAUACAUUUUCUCCAGCUCAAUUUUUGACCAACAUGGAGGAAGCUAAUGUGCAACCCAAUCAGGUAACAUACGAAAGCUUGAUUGCUGCCUAUUGCAAUGAAGGUGAUAUUGAAGGUGCCAGCAAGAUCCUUCAGUGUAUGAAGAACAAAGGAAUCCCAAUCACUGAGGAAAUAUUCAGUAGUCUUGUGACAGGCCAUGCAAAAGCCGGGGAUAUGGAGAAUGCAGAAAAUACCAUUUCAAUCUUAAGAGAUGCAGGAGCUGAGCCUGGUCCAAAUAUCUACUUAGCAUUACUGAGUGCAUAUGCUGAGAAGGGUGACAUUAGCAAUAUCGAAAAGCUCCUGAAACAGUUUGAGAAGGUAGACCACUGUCAUGUGAGCAGGCACAUGAUGCAGGUUAUUGUAAGCCUUGCUAAAGCUGGAUAUCCCCAGUAUAUCCAAGAUAUUACAAAGCGGUUGGACACUGGACACUUUUCAGAUGUCAUGAACCUUUGUCUGAACUUGGUAACUCAAGGCUUGGAAGAUACAGCUUUCCAGAUUUUGAAAUUGUGUCCUAAAUCACCAUCUGGAAAUGAAGGAGGUUGUAAUGUCUUCUUACAACAUUGUGUAGUUCUGAAUAAGCCCGUGAGCAAGCUGAAACAGUUUUGUACUGAGUUAAAAGAAGCCAAUAUUCAUUCAAUGCCUUUUGAGUUUACACUGUGGUGUGCUUUGAAGAAGAAUAAAGCAGGUAUGGCAACUGAUCUAAUGAAAAUCAUGAAAGAAUAUGGCUUGCCCAUCAGAUGUCACUAUUUCUGGCCACUGCUUGUUAGGUACCAGCAAGAGAAGAAUGUUGAAGGUACUGUUGAACUCGUCAAAGUAAUGCAUGAGUUGGGAAUUAAACCUACUCUGCAUACCUAUGCAAAAUAUAUUUUGACAAAUACUGAUGUUCAGACUCUCCAGGCCGCGCUACAGGAAGCUGGCUAUACACCUGAUAACACCACGCUCUUGGCAGGAGAAUUAAAAAAUGAAGCACUAUAUGGAAAACUGGAAAAUAUUUUAGCAUUAUUGUCUUCACCAAGUACUCCGCAUAUGAAGAUCCCAGAGAUUCAAGAGGUUCUCCGUGUUGCGUUUAAUCAGUCCACUGAUGCAGAUCUUUGGAGCAAGAUAACAGAAGUGUUGUACAAGGAUGGACGUUAUUGCCCGACGCCUCCAGGACCAAGUGAAGCUGUUGGCCGUUUUCUUUAUAACUUGAUUGACAGCAUGAGUGACUCAGAGGUACAGGCCAAGGAGGAGUGUUUGAGACAAUACUUCCAUCAGCUGAAGAAGAUGAAUAUACUAAUCCAUCCAAAGAUCUGCAAAGGCAUUUGCAACCUGAUGGGCUCCUAUAAUGUUCCUGAAUUAAUUAAGGCUGUACAACUAACAGAGGAUGUUGACUCCAUUCCAAGUGAUGCUAAUCUUAAAGUAUCUGCUUUGGAAAAGAAUCUGGAAGAGCUAGAAGCUAAAAAUCAACCCAUUACAGAUGUCCUAAAUCAGCUCAUACUUGCUCUCUGUGAAGAAAAGAAUAUGCAAAAAGCCCUUGAAGUGAAAGCCAAAUACAAACCGGACAUGGUUGUCAGUGGCUAUGAAGCCUUAAUACGGUUGUGCUGUCUAUAUGAUAAUGCAGAAGAUGCAAUGAACCUGAAUGAAGAAGUCUCCCAAAUAGAUUCAUCUUUUACGCUUCCCACAAAAACAUACCUAGCCUUGAUAAAAGUCUUAGGAAGGCUUGGUAGAGUAAAAGAUGCUAUUAACAUUCUAAAGGAGAUGAAAAAGAAGGAUGUUCCUAUCAGCAAAAUCCCAGUUAACUUCUUUCCCAUGGUGCUUAAUAAUGUAGCAUUGAGAGGUGAAGUUGAAAUGGUGAAUCAAUUUUUUGAGACGGUUAUGAACCUGGGAUUAGCAAAGCCUUCUCCAGGGCUGUACAACUCUCUGCUUCUUGUUCACCUUGAAAAAGGUGACAUGCGAGGAGCUCUAAACACUCUCAUUCACUGGCAUCAGAAGUAUAACUAUUUGCCUGGACCCCAUCAAUUCUUAUGUAGAUGCAUAGAGACAGAAAAUACAGAUAUCCUACAGGAAGCUAUAGAUUUCAUCAGCACAAAAUGUGGUGAAAUUAGUGUUCUCCAUGAUCUCCUCUUUGCCUUCCUGGAACUGGGAAAAUACAGCAAGGCCCAGAAGAUCAUUGAGACCCCAGGCAUGACAAUUUACGAUGGAAAACUGCAGUGGUUUCUGAAGAGAUGCGUUUCAAAAAAUCAGGUAACAGCUCUGGAAUCUCUUGUGGAAAUUACUCAAAGCCUUGACUGUGAUAGAGAUGAGAUGUACUACAACCUCCUAAAAUUGUACGAGAAGAAUAACGAUUUCCAAAAAGCUGGUGAAGUUUGGACUAAACUGAAGGAAGAAACUGUUGUUCCUCGUGAGAGAACAUUGAGCUUACUGACUGAUAUGUUUCAGAGAAAUGGUCAAAAGGUAUUAUUUAAUAGUCCUAUGCCUUGGUAUGACGACACAGACAACAUAGCUAAACCUCCAAAAUCAGCGAAGCAGUUUCGGACGAAAAUUUUAAUGCUCUGCCGCAAGGGUGAAACCAAAGAGGCAUAUGCUCUUCUCCUGGAAGCAGAUGAGAAGAAUAUGGAACUUAACCACGCAGUUUAUAGCACAGUUUUUAAGGCAUUGCUGUCUCUGGGUGACAUUGAAGAGGCCAUAAAAGUGAAAACCAUCGCUGAGACCCACAUCAAGAGCUUCAAGCUGAACACUACUGCCAGCAGCCGCCUCAUCAUAGCGCAAGUUAGGCGGGAUUAUUUGAAAGAUGCUAUAGAAUCUCUAGAAUUAGCCCUUCAAAAGAAUGUGUUUCCUCCCCGAAGCACUGUUUAUAUGCUCGUCUGGACUCUGGCUAAGAAAGGAGAUGUGAAGGGCAUACAUACAGUUGAGAAGAUGGUGAAACCUCUGGCAGGUUCACUUUUUUUACAUCCUAUGCUUUUCAUCAACAGCACUUUAAUAGCUCACAUCAUGAACAAUAACAUUGAUGCUGCGGUAGAACAUAUUGAGUCUCUGUUUACCACAGCACUGCAAAAUGCUCAUCCAUUAUCAUCCAUAAAUAUAUAUCCUGUAUUUAGCAUUGUGAUGAAAGAAGAACUACAGCCAGCUUUGGACAAAUUAAGUGCUGUGGCAGACCGGCUGGCCAGUCAGUUUGGAGCCUAUGGACCUGUCACAGAUCUCUUCCUGGAGUAUGUAAAAGCAGAAAAAAUGGAUGAUGCCAAGUUUCUACUAGAGAGGUAUGGUGCAAUAGCUGAACAAAAGGAAAAACUGAUGGCUUUUGUUACUAGUCAGAUAAACAAGGCGAAGAACAUCGAAAGUCUUCUAGGUCUGGUUCCUGACAGCCUAGAAAUGAACACUGUAUACACCUCACUCGUGAACAAAUAUGCAAAGGAGGAAGAUGUCAGUUCUGCAAAAGCUGUGUAUGAGAAAAUGAAAGCUGAGGACAUGGACCUAGAUGAGAAAACUCUGAAACACUUCACAUUGCUGCUGAAGAAAAGCGAACAGCCUGUCCCUUUUACUGAACCCCCUGUGAGUGUUUCCUAAUUAAGAAGAAUAAAAAAAUAGCUCUGCAGAGCUGCAUAUGUUCCAUAAUAAUAAAUCAAAUUGCACACUUUAAUUACAUAAGGAUUAGACAACCCUCAAAGGAGUCAGUAUAUGAAGUACUGAAUGUUGUAGGCAGUGUAUUAAUCUUGCAUUAGGUUUGCCUUGUGGGAAAAGAGAGCCUUUUGGGGCUUAUUGUGUUUAAAAUGCAAAAUCCUUAUCAGGCAGUCAUCUGAAGGUGUGAGUUUAUCAAACAUCCUUGGGGCAUUUAUCUCAAUGUUUUAAGUUUUAAAAGAUCUUUAGAAUGUGUAUUUCAAUAAUGGUUGAAUGGUUUUAGUUUCCAGUAAUUGCUUGUCUUAUAUUUAAUACAAAUUGUUUUUAAUUACAUCAUUGUGAUGGAAUGUUAAGUGUAAAAUGAACUUUCCUAUUGUAGCUUGACUUUUCCUAGCUAUUCCAACACACAUAUGUAACUGCGCCCUUAUAUUAAUGCAUCUUACUUGAGGUCAACACAUGCAUGAAGUUUUUCAGUGGAGACUGCACACGUUUUCUUUGCAACGCAUAUCUUUGGCUGAUGGUAUAUGAUUGUCAGGGUUUGAAGAGUUACUAUCCUUUCCUUCCCUUGACACAUGCUUGCAUAUCCUUUUUUUACCAAACCCAGCCAUUUUUGUCUUUUUGAAAUCAGUAGUAUUCAGCAUUCUUUUCCUAAAACUUGAUUCAAACAGUUUCUCUGAGCAUUUUUUCCCUGCAUAAUAAAUGCAGUAAGCAAUUUUUAUUCCCUUUCAAGUUUCAAACUUGGUUGAUGCCCAAAUUUAUUUUUUGAGAUAUUUAUGCUAAAAUACCAUUUACAUUUAGUGGUAACAUUAGUAAUUCACUCCUACUAGUAAUGAAGAUAGGAUGUAUUUUCUAAUGCACUUGAAUUCCUCCUAAAAUAUUCUAACCUCCCUGUUCUGUUUCCUUCUUUCUUUUUUGUCAGUUUACUGACUUGAUGCUUUUGAGAUUCCCUUUUUAAUUCAUUUAUUCUUAAGCAUAUUUUCAGGUUGCGGCUGAAAAAUAAACUAGGGUUUUUUGAGUGGCAAAACAUAAGUAUUGCUUUAAGCAAUUCAAACAAGUUUUUUCCCCUUUUUUACUCUGUACAGAGGCACCAAAUAUGUGGGGACCCAAAGGCUUGAGAAGAGGGCUGUCACCUGAAAUGCAUAAAACUUUCCAUAUGUCCAUCACCUUAGCCACCUGCACUUCCCCCCACCCAAGACAACAAUAAGUCAGCACCUAUGACUCUGUAUCACCAUCACCUUAUUUCUUUUAAAUUAUUGCAUGGUCUUUCAUAAACAACUAAUUCAUGACA